AUGAGCUUGGCAAGUAAGGGUAUUAAGAUGGCCGAAGUCAGUAAGUUUAAACGCUUGAGCAAUCACGUAAGCAUUCCGAGCAUAGGGCUAGGUGUUUACCAGGUGGAUAACAAGACUGCAGAACGAGUUGUGUAUCAAGCAUUGAAGGUGGGAUACAGACAUUUUGAUUCCGCACAGCUGUACAGAAAUGAAGCCGGCGUAUCAAAUGGGAUUGAAAAAUGGUUAGAUGACGUACCUAAUUCCAAGAGACAAGAUGUCUUCUACACCACAAAAAUUGCGGAUGUCAGUCACGGAUACGAGAAGACGAAGAAAUCAUUAGAAAAGUCCUUGAAAACCGCAGCAGGUCUGGAUUAUAUCGAUUUGGUUUUGGUCCAUUCACCGCAGUCAAAUACAGAGAAAAGACUAAGUACAUGGAAGGCACUGCAAGAAUUUGUUGAAAGUGGGAGAGUCAAGUCGAUUGGUGUUUCUAACUAUGGCGUCAGACACUUGAAAGAGCUCUUAGAAUGGGAAGGAUUAAAGACAAGACCAGUAAUUAAUCAGGUUGAAAUUAAUCCCUGGUUGCUUAGAAAGGAUCUGGUGGACUUCUGCCACCAUAAUGAUAUUCAAGUUGAGGCUUAUUCCCCAUUAACACGAGGCAGAAAAUUAGGUGAUGCCACUGUUAAGCGAUUAGCAGAAAAGUAUAAAAAGGAUCCAGGUCAAAUUUUGUUGAGGUGGUCUCUACAGUUGCAAUUUAUAGUGAUUCCCAAGACCGUUCAUCAAGACAGGCUAAUCAGUAAUUUUGAUGUUUAUGAUUUCGAGAUAACCGAUGACGAUAUGGCUUUAUUGACCCAUCCAGAUGAUUAUGGAGUGAUUGCAGGCUGGGAUCCAGUAAAGUAUCAAGGUUAG